AACAUCAAUAUCGCUUCCUGGAUUGACUGAUUAAUUUGAACCUUUUAUUUGGUGAGCAAUGCAAGUCAAUGAUGCUGUUGAUAGUCGCGAAAGUUUAUCCAAUAGAAGAGCCAAAAACGGUAUCGUUUGACUCACCUGUCCUCAUCAGAACAGGGAAGGUUUUCUCCUACUAUUUCCACUCUUUGCUUCCUACUAACGUUGUCACAACACCAUUUCUUCAUGUUUAUAUUGAUAGCAUAUCAAUACCCAGAGCUUCUUUCUUUUUACUCUUAAAGAUUCGGCAAACCUUCCUCUCUCUUUGUUUUUUUCAGUUCUUCUUUUUAUUCAAUUUCCUAAGAAUUAACAAAAUGCCUUCGGUGCCAAUACACACCUCAUUUUUCAAUGGCACCUACCAAGGUCCCUCAGCCAAGGUCAUCUUCUCAGCUGCUGCAUCAGUUGCCGCCACUGCCAUGCUGGUGCGCUCCGUCGUCAGAGAAUUCGUUCCUCACGAGCUGCGAGACUUCAUUUUCUUGAAAAUCAAGAAUCUCCUUGCCUCUUUGUCUUCAGAGCUCACGUUAGUCAUCGAAGAAUAUAAUAAUCUCAAUCAUAACCUUCUUUACAAGGCUGCAGAGCUCUAUCUUGAGCCCACAAUCCCUCCUGACACGAAGAGAAUUAGAGUAACCAUGCCAAGAAAAGAAGGAAAGAUUUCAUUGUCCCUUGAAAAGAAUCAAGAAGUCAUUGAUAAGUUUAAUGGAGUUCAAGUGAAGUGGAGGUUUGUUUCAAAAGAUAUUCCUUCCAAGUGUAUUCAAAGAUCUGAUCCUUACAACCCCGUGGUUAAAUCCGAGAUUCGGUUCUUCGAGCUAAGUUUCCAUAAGAAACAUAAAGAAAUGAUCUUGAACGAAUAUAUGCAGCAUAUAUUGGCCAAAGCAAAAGAAAUGAAGGAGAAAAAGAAGACCUUGAAAUUAUUUACCUUGAAGUACGAGAGGAUGCCUGGAAGGAGAGGGGAUAUGUGGCAGUCAGUGAAUCUUGAUCAUCCGGCUACUUUUCAAACCCUGGCAAUGGAUUCAGAGAUGAAGCAGAAAAUAGUCGAGGAUUUGGAGAGAUUUGUGAAAAGAAAGGAGUAUUACAAGAGGGUAGGCAAGGCUUGGAAAAGGGGGUACUUGUUGUUUGGUCCUCCUGGCACAGGGAAAUCAAGCUUGAUUGCUGCCAUGGCCAAUUAUCUUAAUUUUGAUAUUUAUGACUUGGAGUUGACUGAAAUCAGAGGGAAUUCAGAGCUCAGGAAGUUGGUGAUUUCAACUGGGAAUAAAUCAAUACUGGUUGUGGAGGAUAUUGAUUGUUCUCUGGAGUUGCAGGAUAGGCUUGCACAAGCCAGGGCUGCGGCAGCACAAAGUUCUCGACAUAUUCAUGUACCUCAGUAUCAGUUGACCCUGUCAGGAUUGCUGAACUUCAUAGAUGGGUUAUGGUCAAGCUGUGGGGAUGAAAGGAUUAUAGUGUUCACAACCAAUCACAAGGACCGGCUUGACCCAGCUUUGCUGCGCCCUGGUCGAAUGGAUGUGCACAUCCACAUGUCCUACUGCACUCCAUGUGGGUUCAAAAUGCUGGCUUCCAAUUUCCUCUGGAUUGAAGAGCACCCGCUCUUCUUAGAGAUUGAGGAAUUGCUAGAGAUAUCGAAGGUGACCCCUGCAGAAGUAGGUGAGCAGCUGAUGAAAGACGAGGUGCCUGAAAUUGUGCUACGAGGUCUAAUCGAGUUUCUUGAAGCCAAGCUAGAAGAAGGUCGAGAAGCUGAAGCCGAAUCUGAAGCUGGUGAAUCACAAUCAGGAGUAGCGCAAGCAGCAGAGGGUGGGGACAAGCUAGAAGACAAACAAGGUAAGAGCAAGAAACAGGAAGAUAGAGGGAACGAACAAACACUAAUGAUUCAGUAAAUCGCUGUAGUUUUCUGGGAGAAGAAGAAUAAGACUCUGAAGAGAGAGAUAAACAAUAGCCUAAUAUAUGUACCAAGCAAUGUCUUAUUUACUUUGUUUUCUGGGGUAAGCAGAAAUUUGGCAUGAAAUCAUCCUACUAUGCAAGUGUAACAACUCCAUUAAGUCGAUCAAUUUCCAUAUUUCUGAGCAUCUUUGAAUGUUUA